CAUACAACACACAACACACACACACAGAGGCUUGGGAUAUAAUUGAAUACAUUGCAUUCUUGGUGGCUAUUUGUGGUCUAGCCUUCCUCUUCUUUUUCUCCUUCCCCUCCCCCCAUUUUACUAUAAUUCUUAUUUUUCCCUGGGCUGCACCCACAAUUGCAAUAUAUAUAUAAUAUACAUAUAUUUUAUAUAAUGCACCAUCCAAAGGAAGGUGCUGCAUUAUAGCAGAUCUCUUUUAUAUAUGUGGUUUAUAUUAUUUGGUUUCCCUCCCCCAUUGCAACAACAACAACAGCAACAAAAAGAAAGAAGGGAGAGGAUAAAAGGCACAGAGAGGCAUCCACUGCAAGUACCAUCUUGUUGUGAUUGGAGGCUCCUAAUAGGAAACCUUCCACCCAUCAAUGCUCUACCAAUGAGAGAAGCCACAAUUUGGUUUUAAAAGUCUCUCCCUUUGGCAGUGAGAAAAAACUGUGGCAGAGCAAACUACAGAGAAUGGUUAUAUCCUUCGUCGUGACCUCAUGGUUUAAGUGGGCAUAAAGAUGAGUAUAAGCAGUGAUGAGGUUAACUUCCUCGUAUAUAGAUACUUACAAGAGUCCGGGUUUUCUCAUUCAGCAUUUACCUUUGGUAUCGAGAGCCAUAUCAGCCAGUCUAACAUCAACGGUGCUUUGGUGCCCCCAGCUGCUUUGAUAUCGAUCAUCCAGAAAGGCUUGCAGUAUGUAGAGGCAGAAGUUAGUAUUAAUGAGGAUGGUACGUUGUUUGAUGGUAGGCCUAUAGAAUCACUCUCACUGAUAGAUGCCGUAAUGCCGGAUGUGGUACAAACACGGCAGCAGGCUUAUAGAGACAAGCUUGCACAGCAACAGGCGGCGGCAGCGGCGGCAGCAGCAGCAGCUUCAACAAAUCAACAGGGGUCUGCCAAAAAUGGCGAAAAUACUGCUAAUGGAGAGGAAAAUGGAGCCCAUACUAUAGCAAAUAAUCAUACAGAUAUGAUGGAAGUGGAUGGUGAUGUUGAAAUCCCUCCUAAUAAAGCAGUGGUGCUACGUGGCCAUGAAUCUGAAGUGUUCAUCUGCGCCUGGAACCCUGUUAGUGACCUUCUGGCCUCAGGAUCUGGAGAUUCUACGGCACGAAUAUGGAACCUCAGUGAAAACAGUACCAGUGGAUCAACACAGCUUGUCCUUCGGCAUUGUAUACGAGAAGGAGGCCAAGAUGUACCAAGCAACAAAGAUGUGACUUCUCUGGAUUGGAACAGUGAAGGUACACUUCUAGCAACGGGGUCAUAUGAUGGAUUUGCAAGGAUAUGGACUAAAGAUGGUAACCUUGCCAGCACGUUAGGGCAGCAUAAAGGUCCCAUAUUCGCAUUAAAAUGGAACAAGAAAGGCAACUUCAUUUUAAGCGCAGGCGUGGAUAAGACCACAAUUAUUUGGGAUGCACACACUGGAGAAGCCAAACAGCAAUUUCCUUUCCAUUCUGCACCAGCAUUAGAUGUUGACUGGCAAAGCAACAAUACAUUUGCCUCCUGUAGCACAGAUAUGUGUAUUCACGUCUGUAAGUUAGGUCAAGAUAAACCCAUCAAAACCUUCCAGGGCCACACAAAUGAAGUAAAUGCAAUCAAAUGGGACCCCACUGGUAAUCUUUUGGCAUCUUGUUCAGACGACAUGACUUUAAAGAUCUGGAGUAUGAAACAAGAUAAUUGUGUCCACGAUCUGCAAGCACACAACAAAGAAAUUUAUACUAUCAAAUGGAGUCCUACGGGGCCAGGAACAAACAACCCAAACGCCAAUCUUAUGUUAGCAAGUGCAUCCUUUGAUUCUACGGUUAGGUUAUGGGAUGUAGACAGAGGGAUCUGCAUCCACACCUUGACGAAACAUCAAGAACCUGUGUACAGUGUAGCUUUCAGUCCUGAUGGCAGGUACCUGGCCAGUGGCUCAUUUGACAAAUGUGUACACAUCUGGAAUACACAGACGGGUGCUCUAGUGCAUAGUUACCGGGGAACAGGAGGCAUAUUUGAGGUUUGCUGGAAUGCAGCAGGAGACAAAGUUGGAGCAAGUGCUUCAGAUGGUUCAGUUUGUGUACUAGACCUACGGAAAUAGCGCUACUAGUUGGAAGCCAUGGACCGACUAUGAAUGUGUACAUAGCCAAAAUGACUGUCCCCUUGACCCAUGUACUGCUAUAGUCCCAAUUGAACCAUGGCCAGUCCACUACAGCCAAACCUGAAAGAAUUAUAUACAUAUACUGAAUAUUAAAAAGCAGCGCAAAUGAUUACAUCCUGAAGAAGAUGACAGAGAUUUGUCACAGCUUGUGAAGCCUGUUCACCAAGUGCUGGAAUCUGCUGUGCCCCCCCCCCAAAAAAAAAACCACAUGUAAGCAUUUUGGAAAUGGGGGGGGAACAGGACAAGAGAGAAACCUAACUGUAUAUGAGCAGCCCACUGAACGCAUAACUGGGGAAACUACAUAUGGCUGCCUUUCCCACCCCCAUUUCCUCACCGUCACCCUUCUUAAAGUUUUGAAAGAUUGGGUUUUUUUCUUCUUCCUCUUCCUUUUUGGCUUUCUUUCUUGGUAGGUGAUGAGCAGUUCUUGUGUACAGGGAAAAUGGACUUGCAUACUGCUUCAACAGUAAUUUGUUCCUUGUUCCUUCCCACUUCCCACCAUGGUUCAUGUUUCGUUUUUCCUGCUGCACAAAACAAGGCUGUGAAUCUGUUUGGUGGUGGUGGUUCUUUUCACUUGGAAUGGUGCCUGUUUGCGGGGAAGGGGAAUCCUAUUGCAUCAUUUCCUUUUAAUUCAUUGUUUUUAAAGAUGUUGACAUCUGGAAUGUGUUGUGGAUUAUCUGCUCACAGUUGAGACAGGGAAGGAGGGGAGACCAAGCAAAACUUUAGAAACAUGAUGUUGACAUUCCUUUACAUUUUGAGAUCCAUUACUAGUAGCUGACAGGAUGGGAGUGGGUUCUUUUGGAUUGUGACAGUUCCAAAAAAGCAGGAGUUCCUUACUUCAGAUCAUUUCUGCUAAAUGUAAAAGGGUACAAUCACAAAGAUAUUAAGAACAUGCAAAAAAGGGACUGGUUUUUGGAACAUACACAAUGGGGAAAUCAGGAUUAUGGCCAUCAUAGAAUGGAUUUUAAGAAUAUGUUCAGAAAGAGCUCACUGUAUAUAUUCCUGAUCUAUACUCCUUGACACAAGGAAAGAGCUUUGCAAAUUUGCUUUCUUGGAUUACAUAUCCCAGAAUCUCCCAACCAGCAUGUCUAUUGGCCACUACAAUUUUUGGGAGUUGUAAUCAUACAAGGUAGUUUUUCCAGCUCUCCUCAAGGUGCAGGUUUUGAUUCAGGAGGCUUCCCCUAUUGCAUGUACAUUCCAGAAAUCAGCAUUAAAUUACAGAAACGAAUUAUAGCCUCCUUUUCUUUGAAACAGUAAUUUCAUACUGCUCAUGGUCUAAUUGAAUCCAAAACAGUGGAGAAAGGGGAUUAGUUUGUCUUAAAAUUUCAUCUGGGCCAGUGUUUUUCUGCUACAACUUCUGUGAGAGUUUUGUCCAUUCUUACUCUGAUGUCUAUUAUAACAAAAAUCCAAAUUAAAAAUAUUUUGAUUUUGGGGUGUGCUUUUUUUAAUAGGAAAAAAUCUUUUGUACAACAACUAAAUAUUUUGAUAUCUCUUUUGCUGCCACUUCUGGUGUGAGGCAAGAAGUUUAUUCCAUCCACUGGAAAUUUCUCAGCUGAAAACAUAUUGGCAUGAACUGGAGGAAGAGCAUCAUUGGUGGUGGUGCUCAGCUAACUUUGAGCUGGUCAAGUUCCCAGUGGAUUGUGCCUCCUUAGUUUAGAAGUGAACAGAAAAGAGAAAGAAAUCUGACCACAAAAAACUUGCUUCAAGCCUAUUUUAAUACGGAGUGAUUGAGCUUCCACAAAGGAAAAUUAUGUCUUGCACUAAUUUCACCCUGCUGCUCCUGCCUCAAAACUUUUUGUAUGUGCUUGUGAUAUCCCCCCACCCCCAUGAUACCCAAAUUUAGGAUAAACAUAAGCUGCUAUUUGUUUUUAUGAUUGUGGGGGAGAUAGGAUCACUACUAUUGUGUGUCUCCUUUGUUUCUGAUAUCAAAUAUUGCUUUUCCUUUCUUUACUGCAAGAGGUGUAUGUGACAGACAGUUUUGUUUGCUCACAUGUUCGGUUAAAAGUAAUACUAGAAUGGGUGUCUUUGUAAAAGUGUAGCAGGAGGGCAGACUUUGGCCAGUACCAUGGCUACAUCUUAUUACAUGCAACUCCCAACUUUUUCUGAUGAAGAUCAUCAAAGAUUUUAACAUUUCACUCAGUUUUGACUUCAGUGAGUGAUUUAGGAUGCAUCUGCACUGUAGAGAUAAUGCAGUUGGAUGCCACUUUAACUGCCAUGGCUCCAUACUACAGAAUUCUGGGCUUUGUAGUUUAGUGAGGCACCAGCACUCUUUGGUAGAGAAGACCAAAGACCUUUUAAAACUAAAAAUCUUAGGAUUCCAUUGGACUGCGCUACAGCAUUUAAUGUGGUGUUAAAUUGCAUUAUUUCUACAGUAUAUAUGUGCCCUUAGACACCAGAUGCUUUGGAAAGGUCUGAGUUUCUAUAUUACCAUUGCACUUGCAGCAGCAUGGCAUAUAAAGACAAGAUUACAAUUCUUGCUCGCUCUCUGUCUCUGUGUAUGUGUAUGUUUAUGUGUGUCCUUUUUCCAGCCCCAUUUCCACAGGCAGAAUGACAUCUAACAGCAAAAAAAGAGAGAGAACUCCUCCCCAACAUUUUCAUUUUAUGAAAUGCAUAAAAAUAGCAAAAAGAAGAAGGGAAGCCUUGAGAAUAGCAGCCCCAUGUUAAAUUCUCCUUCUUUCAUUGACCCCUUAAUAUCUCUUUUACCUUCACCCGUGCUGUGAUGUCAUUACAUUGGAGGUUUCCCAGCUCUGCAUCCUGGGCAAACAAGAAGAUGCUCAUCAUAACCUAGUGCAACCAAGCAGGACCCAAAAUAAGAGAUAGAGCACUAGGUAGAGAAUGGUUGGUUUCAUCACCAUGUCUGCUUUCUAUGUAACAAAUAACCCCAUCUUUUACAGUUCAUUUGUAGAUUACCCUAACCAAGAGAAUGAAACUAGCUUGCUAUUUUAAAAGUCAUGGUAAAUUCUUUUAGUAUUGAUUUCUGCCAUGUCUGUGUGCACGCACACAAAACCACAUCUUAAGCAAGUAGGGUUCAGUUUUGCAAGGCACAGCCAUUGUUUUAAUACUGAAGUCACUUAUCAUUAUUGGGGUAUUAUACUGUUCUACACAGCAUUGUAAGAAAACAAAAAGAAAGUCUAUACUCCUAAAGGCAGUCAUGUGAUACAGCUCUGUACUUAGCUGUUGGUAGAGUUAUGAGAAUAAAUUUGAGGUUCAGGAUAAAUUCCCUGUCAAUUACAGUUUGUAAGAAACUUAACCUGUUGAGUAUCUGGCACUUGAAUAAUCUUGCUUUUUAUUGUUGGGGGUCCAGGACUGUGGCUGACCUCUGUCGUUGUUAAAAUAAUUUUUAAAAAGUUUUAAGAAAAUGUAAAAAAAAAUCUGUGCAAUAAUUUUAAACUGUGCUCCCAGGAAUAGACACAAAAUGUGUUUUUGGGGGGGGAUUUUUAUUUUGAGUAUAUUUAAACAGCAUUUUCUUUUCCUUUAGCAACACAAAUGUCAAUUGCACUGAACUUAAAUCUUUAAAAAAAAGUCAGAGGUGAUUCUUGAUAGUACUUUUGUAUUUUGAUAUGGACAGUCUGUUCGUUUUUCAUACAAGCUCUUGAACAGAUGUUUCAGUGGACUUUAAAAAGUGUAAAAACAAACAAGAAGUGGUGUUGAACCCUUUUGACACAGCUGCAAGAUUCCACAGCAACGUUCACAUUUCUGGUUAUUGCAACUGUUUCACUGUUUUGUUUUGUUUGUUUUGGGUUGUUCUUUAAAAAAAACAUGAUUCUAGCCAUUUAAAUAUGAUACAGCAUGUAGACAUAAUCACCAAAUCCUGGGCUGAUUUCCCUUCUCCUUCAUCCUCCUUCCCCAUUUUUGCCUUUUUAAAACAAUUUGAGACCAUUAAUUCUGUAGCUCAGGUGGUAAAUUGAUCUCUCUUGAGAUAACAUGCACCUAAUUCCAAACUUCAAAGCCAUGGCACUAGGCAAGAGGGAGUUUUCUUUGACUGGACUAAACAUCUGUACCUUAGCUCCAUGUGCAUAGCUUCAUUGAAAUAGUCACGUAGGACAUAGGGCUUCAUUGCAGAGAAUUGCGCUUACCCAGAGACAUUUGCAUUGUGGAGCUUUUGUAGGUACUAUUACUUCCCUGUCCUGCUCCCUCCCAUAUGCGAACUUCAGGGGAGAGAUGGGAGAGGCCCACAUCUUCUUGCAGUUUCAUGUGCUUGCAGAAAUUGACUAUUUGGAGUGCAAGCCCUGAUCAGUCAUGCCUUCUUUGCUGCUAUCCUUUUGUCGGUGUGCCACAGUGCUGCUCUGUUUCUAAACCAACAUCCUCACCUUCCGGAUGGAGCCGUAUAAUGCAAAAAGAAUGGUAGUAUUUUUGGUUUUUUGAAAAAAAGCAUAAACUGAAGAAGCUUCUCAAGUGCCAGUUGUUAUAGACAGGGGAACUGGAGUGGGUAAUCUCUCUUUCAUUGUCAUGGCUAUCAUCCUCUGAGGGUAAGAAAUACACAUGAUGAGGCUUUUAGCACUGUGUUCCACUCAUAAUGCUAACACAGACAUGAUGAUCACUUCUGGAGAGACCGUUAAAAGAUGCAAGGGCUGCUUGGUCUUUUUGCUUUAUCCAUUGAUCCAGCCCUGCAGAAACUAUUUUUAAUCACUGUCUAAUAGCUAGGUUCCAAAAAAAGAGAAAAGUAGGCCUGGCUGAAGAAAAACAAACUCAGACAGUUGCUGGUAAGAACUGGAGGAGAUGGGGACAGGGAUGUCAGCCCCUCCUUAUUCAAGCUAUUACCGUCAUGUAUGUGCCUCACAUGGGCAUCACCUGAAUAAAAUUUUGGAAUAAAUACACCCUUGGCAUGAGCAUGCAUAAUUCUAUUCUAACAUGAUCUAUACCCAUACCCAUUGCCUGGCACAAAGUCCAAAAAUUCCAAAUGUCAGUAUGGAAGGGGAUUCACAGUAUGGAAGAGGAUUGCAGCUGGUGGUUCCACCUCCAGCAAGCUAGUGAAUCUGCUCCAGUUUUGAUUCCAAGCUUUAAAAGUACUGAACCUAAUUUGGAGGUGGGGAAAGGGGUCAGCAUUUUGGAGAGAUUCUUUAAAAUUUCCAACUAAAAUCCUGGAGUGGAUUUGCCAGCUCACUGAUGUGGAAGCCAGCAUUGAUCAUAAUAUCAUGGUUUGCAUGUCACCAUUCCUGAUUGUAAGGCACAUAUUACAGCACUCAGGACUUGCUUUGCUUAAAGUAAAAAUGUGGUUUUGAUACAGAGAAAGGAAGGUGUGUUUCAGACUAUUAGAUGACGUGACUAGGCAGCAUGGGUAUAAACACUGGUUGGAAUGGUUCUGUGGUCCUGUUCUUGCAAGGAACUCCUGAUGACUGGUGUAGGUACAGAGCAGUGAGGAUGUGGCUAAAAAUUCCACCUUCAGUUGCCUGUAGAUGGAGAAUGUGUCUGCUGUGCAUGUCUAGUGAGGGGGGCAUUUAGCAUCUCUUACUAUUUCAGUGAUAACCAUGUUAAUUGGUUACUGAAUAUUUUAAAUAUAUUCAUGGGACUGGCAAUGCUAGGCCUAUCUUUAGAAGGUUUCAUUAUGCUUAUUUGAACUAAGAAAAAGGCCGCUUCUUGGAUGAUUUUGGAGGCUAGGACUGGGGGGGGGGGGUUUUAUAGUACCUAUAGUACCCCCUCUCGUGGCAGAAAAAACACAACAAAUUGAAAGGUGUUCAUUUAUUUUUGUGGGAAGCUAGAAGCAAGUGAAAAAGACCAAAGAUUUGUAAUUUUCUUUAUUGCUUUACACUGGUAGGCCAUUGAAAAAGAAAGGAGUAGCUUUGCAUUUCCCUUACGUUUUGGAGAAAAAAUGUGCAAGUUUUAUGCACAUAAAUGUUUUAGUUAUUGCAGCUGAUACAUGGGUACAAUUAAUGAUUUUCUGGAAAGGAGAAGAAUACAGUGUUGCAAAACAAUACUGCUUUUGUUGUUUUAAAAUAAAAGAUAGAGGACUUGGAUCACAACAUUUCUACGAGGAAACAUUUGCUAAUAGUUAGUUGGGGCAUUUGGCUCUCUGCCGAAAAUGUAGUUGAGUGAUUUCUUCAUGUAUUUAAAAACACCACAAACAUUGGACCUUCAUAAGAAUUGGCAAGCAAAAAAUCUACUUUGAUAAAGUAAGGAAAUCUGGAAGUUUUGUUGUCUGUGGGUUUGGCUUGGAAAUUGAUGCUGGUAUUGGUAGGAAGGGAGUACCCUUCAUACUUGGCAAAAUGGGGGCAGCAUUGUGGCACAUGGACACUGAGUUACAGGAAGAAUCCAUAUGGCAGAUUUUUAAAAAGAACAUGGACAUACACAUAGCACAUUGACCCUAUUGUUCUGAGGAGUCCUACAACUCUUUUAUUUCGUUCCAUGAUAGAUUCUUACUUCUUUCCAACGAUACUGCUGGUGACAAUUGUACUGGCAAAAGCUGUGCUACAAAUGGGGAAAUAAAUUCUCUGUUUGGGGUUGAGGGAAAAUGACUACCUGCUUUGUUGGUGUACUGGUAAAAGAAUCAUUUAAGGGUUCUGUAAUAUGAAUUGAGCUGGGAGAGCAGAAAAGAGUUACCUAGAUAGUCCUCUGGGAUAGGACAGCAGCAAAGGUUUUGGUAUCAAAGAUCCUUGGCCCUACCUGUACUAAGGAAGAUGUGAAACUUUUCCAGGCUUCUCUAGUAUAUGAACCAGCCGUGCGUUAAGUGGUAACUCCAAACAGGCAUAGGUUCUCUAACAAAUUCAGGUGUCGGUGAUGGUCAAUUUAGCAUUGCAACAAAUCCCACAUCCUUGUAAUUUCCCAGUGUCUUGAUCAAUAAACAAAAGCAAAGUUUAUUUUCUUUUUACAUUUCUGGAUAAAUUCAGGAAAUUGGUCUGUUUUGUUGUUGCUUCUCCUGUGUGCUUUUGCAAUCUUGUUUCUCAACAGGCUGCAGUAAGCAAGUCGGUCACUUACAAUACGAAAGUAAUCUCUCCCCCCCCCCCCCUUUCUUCCUAAUCUCUUUCCUGACUUUGACAUUGUAGUUGUAAAAAGGUUCCGAUUUGGAGUUGCAAAUCUUUUGGGUCUACUUCUGUGAGCCUACCUAUAGCACUGGAUUUAAAAAUGUCUGCAUCAUUUCUUUUGUUAUAUAUCCAGUUAAAUUACAAAAUGUUGUACAAGUGUAAAACCAGCCCAUGUGACAAGUUUUUUUUUCUUUUCUUUUUUUUAAAUUGUUCAGAAAUACUUUUUAUUGUUCAGUUUUCAUGAUUUAUUGUCUAAAGAAGACUGCUAUAGAUGUUCUAUACUGUCCUGGACCCAUGUUAAUUACACCUUUUAUGAUGUACUUUGGUUCCACAUCACAAUGAUUUUGUCCCCUCAACCAAGAAAAGCCCCUUUCUUAAUCUCUUUCUAGGCACAUUUUUUUCUGUUGCAGUUUUCCCUUUGCAUUGUAUUGCUCUGACAAGUGUAAUUUGAAUCAGAUCUGAAAGAGGUCCAGAAUAAAAUAUAUUUUGAUACGA